GUUAGGAGCGUUUUGUUUGUAACUUUUUGACAGUGACAGUUGGUGUCUGGUGUGAUAUGGUACAGGAGAUAAUAUAAUAUAAGCUCCUGUGAAAAAAAUAAAAGAAAUACAUUAAAUAACAAUUUAGGAGUCUAAUAAAACAACGUGAAAAAGUAAUAAAAUACGUGACAACGUCCCAAAGUCUCUACUUACCCGCUGGUCCAGCCUUCGAGGGAACUGCUUCUGAACUCCGAGCUAUGGACGGUAUUGAAAACCCGGAGUCGAAUGGUGAAUUUGCUUUUGAGACUGACCACCUUGCGUUACGUGGUAACAAGGAUUACAAUGAUUUAUUGAAAUAUAUAGUUCUGCUUGAGUCCCAAAGAGUAGCCGCAUUAAAAGACAUAGAGGAUUUGACUGAAGCACGCAACAAGGCACUUGAGGAACCACUAGAGUUUGUUCAAAAGCUACAGGCUGGUGCAAUUGAGUUUCCGCCUCGGCAUCAUAUCAGAGAGUUACCUACAAUAGACUGGGAUCAAUAUGGAGUAGACAAUGCUCAAGAUAUUGAUGAAUUUAGUAGAGACAUAAAACCAGAAAUUUCUGAAGCUGGAUUAAAAGUUCGCGGGCGGAAAUACACUGACAGCAAACCGGAGACAUUCAAUCAGCUUUGGUCCUGUGAGGAACAAAAGAGGCUGGAGGAACUUUUAGAAAUAUACCCAGAAGAAGCAGUAGAAGCAAGACGAUACAAAAAAAUAGCCCAAGCACAGACUCGUACACCUAUUCAAGUAAUGAGUAGAGUGCAAAAGUAUUUUGCAAAACUAGCCAAAGCUGGCUUGCCUAUACCGGGGCGGACACCAAAAGGUGUCGGGCGGGAUAAAUGUAAGUCAAUACUUUACAAGAAAUCAAACUUUUUCCCUCAGCUGCAUGUUCCUGUUAAAAUGGAGGAAAUGUAUGAUGCUGCUGAGAUGCCUUACACAGCAAUAACAACCACAGUCCAAGAGGCCAAAGUUGGCAACAAGCACAUUGUGGAGCUAUUACGGGCAGCCAAACAACAGAGGGCGCUUGAUGAAACUGCACCAGUGUACCAGAAGAAUACCAUGUGUGUUGGGUGCCAGGCGAAAGGUUUCCUGGGUGCACGGUGGACAGACAAUGCAGGCACUGAUUACUGCACUGACUGUGUCGUAAAGCAUUUACCAACAGAAAAAUUGACCCCGGUUCGGAUACCUUUAGAUUCCAGUACGGUCCAGUCAACCUCCAGUACGCCAGACAAAUCUAGACAGUCCAAUAGUAAUAAAUGGUCUUAAAUAAUAGGAUAUUUAUGCUAAUUUACACUGACUAGCAUUAUAACAUGCUUGAAUAUUUUGAUAUAUUAAGAGAGAAUCUUAAAUUGUAAUUAUCGGUAUAGUAUUAUCAAAUCCUUUUAACAUCAUAUGAUUAGGACCAACCAACUACUGACUUAACAAAAAUAAUAUGGUCACUACUAAACAAUCUGUGGGCCAUUUCUCAAAACUGAAAGUUACAAGUUACAAGCGGAAGUCUCUUUCCAACUUGUCAUAUUAGACAUUGACAACCACUUGUAAAUUGUAACUUGUAGCUUCGA